CUUCCGCCCGGAAGCGAGGCCCGGCGGCGAUGUGGUGGCGGGGGCGCGCGGCGGGGGCCCCGGUGGCCCCUCUCCUCCUCCGGCCGCGGGGGCUCGGGGCGCCGGACGGGCCCGCGCGGCUCUCCCCCGCCCGGGCGGCGCUGCACCGGGCGGCGCGGCUGCGCGGGCUGAGCGCGGAGGAGGUGCGCAGAGCCCGGGAGGCCCGGCCGCGGAAGGGCGCGGGGGCGGCCAAGGCCAGGGCCCAGCUGAGCGAGCGGGCCCAGGAGCGGAAGGUGCCUGUCACGCGCGUCGGGCGGCUGGCCGCCUUCGGAGGGCUGGCCGUGGGGCUGGGCUUCGGGGCCCUGGUCGAAGCGGCGAGGAGCUCCCUCCGCGGGGACCAAAGCGCCGCCGAGAGCAGCCUUUCGGCAGCCAACGCGGAGCGGAUCGCCGACACUCUCUGCCGGCUGCGAGGGGCAGCGCUCAAGAUCGGCCAGAUGCUAAGCAUCCAAGACAACUACUUCCUCAGCCCCCAGCUGCAGCAGAUCUUCGAGCGUGUCCGGCAGAGUGCGGAUUUCAUGCCACCCUCGCAGAUGAUGGGGGUGCUGUCCGAAGAACUGGGCACCGACUGGCGUGAGCGGGUGGCCUCCUUCGACGAACAGCCCUUUGCAGCUGCCUCUGUGGGGCAGGUGCACCUUGGGGUGCUGAAGGAUGGGACGGAGGUGGCAAUGAAGAUCCAGUAUCCUGGCAUUGCCCAGAGCAUCCAGAGCGAUGUAGACAACCUUUUGUCGGUACUCAGGAUGAGCACAAUGUUUCCGGCAGGCCUCUUUGCAGGCAACACCCUGCAGGUCCUUCAGGAGGAGCUGGAGAGGGAGUGCGACUACCAGCGGGAAGCCAGCAGCAGCAAGAGGUUCAGGCGGCUUCUGGAAGGCGACCCUUUCUUCGAGGUGCCGGGGGUGGUGGACGAGCUGUCCACCCGGCGGGUGCUGUCCAUGGAGCUGGUGGGGGGCGUCCCACUGGACCAGUGCCAGGACUUGGACCAGGAGGCUCGCAACGAGAUCUGCUCGCAGAUCCUCCGUCUCUGCCUCCGUGAGCUCUUCGAAUUCCGGUUCAUGCAGACGGACCCGAACUGGGCUAACUUCUUCUAUGACGCUGAGAGACACAAAGUCACCUUGCUGGACUUUGGAGCGAGUCGGGAUUUUCGCAAGGAGUUCACUGACCUCUACAUUGAGGUGGUGAGAGCCGCGGCCGAUGGCGACAGGGAGAAAGUGCUUCGCAAAUCCAAGGACCUGGGAUUCCUGACCGGAUUCGAAAGCAAGGUCUUUGAGGAGGCCCACGUGGAGGCAGUGAUGCUCCUGGGCAAGGUCUUCUCCACACCGGGGCCCUUUGACUUCGGCACCCAGGACACGACCCGCUGCGUCCAGGACCUGAUCCCCGUGAUGCUGAAGCACCGCCUGUGCCCGCCUCCGGAGGAGAGCUACUCCCUGCACCGCAAGAUGGCCGGCACCUUCCUCCUCUGCGCCCGUCUCGCUGCCGCCGUGCCCUGCCGGGAGAUGUUCGAAGAGGCCUACAGCCAGUACACAGGCCGGGAGAGCCCUUCUAGGCUGGGCUGAGGGUAGCCUGGCUGCCUCGGCACUGAGCUGAGGGACCAGCUGCUCCUCCCUGGAAGGGGUGAAGAGAAGAGGGUGGGUCUCCCGUCCCGUCCCUGGGCCUGGAACCUGCCUUCCUCCCCCAGGGAACCCGGCUGCUGCGGGUGCAGGAAGGCUGCCUUCUCUCUGCUGCGUUUCUGUGGGGAGGGCACCGGCAACGGGGGGCGAGGGCGGCUGGGGGUCUGUUGGUUGCCCCAGAGGGAAAAGGCACCUAACUCCCGGGCUGCCAAGGGAAAACAGCCUUUUGUGGCUCAGGCUGGCCUUGGCUGUCAGAUGCUUGUCCAGGCUGCCCUGCCGGAGGUGCUGAUGGCUCCCUUGCAGGAGUACCAGGGAGGGGCUGAGGCCUGGAAGGCCCCCAACUCACAGUGGGGGUGGCGGGGGAGCCGCCUUGCCUUGGAUGAGAGCCCUUCCCUUCCCCUGCCUGCCUGCCAGUUUCUCUCUCUUGUGGGGCUCCACGUGACCUCGGGGUUUGUGGAAGGCUGCCCAGGAGCCGGAGUAGAGAGAACUGGCCGUCUCGGAGACUGUGGCUGAGCAGCCUUCCUGCACCUCUCUCCUUUGGGCCCCGGUUUUGAGUAUCACGGAGAGCAGUGAGAAGGGGGGAGUAACCUGACAUACCUGCCCCUUGGAGGGGGCGGCCUGGUUGGGCUGGGAGGCAGGUCCAGAGUGGCCCAGCUGCUGGUCAGGAG